CCCGAUAAAUCCACAACCAGCGAAGAGGCGACCGUCCUUAAAAUCACGUCAGACGUUCAACCGCAGACGCCGCCGACUCCGCAGCCACCGGCUUCCAUCUAUUCCCUAGAGACGUCUGCCGAUCACAUGUUUGAGGCACCAUCUGUGGACGGACCACCUUCAGCAGCUCCGCCCUCCCAGCCUUCCUCCUCCUCCUCCUCCUCCUCGGUCGCCAAUCCUCUCCCAACUCAGAAGGAUCGCCCCGAUCAGUCGGUCAGAUUCGCUUUGGAGGAGGAGAAGGACGAU